AUGUUCAAAAAAUUUUGUUUAAUACAUUUAACAGAACAUCAACAAAUAUUAAAUGAAGAAUUAAAUCAUAUUAUUAACGAUUAUGAUCAAUUUAGACAAAGAAUUAAUGAACAAAAACAAAAUCCACAAGAUCAUUCAUUAAUAAAACAAAUCAAUCAAUGGGAAAGAAAUUCAAUUGAAAUAAUUCAACAAAAAGCAAAAGAUUAUAGAGAAAUUGUCAUUAAAUCUUUAGAAACAUUUAUUUAUAAUAUUGAAAUGAAAUUUAAUGAUUUAUCUGAACAAAUAAAACAAAUUCAUGAAGAAAAUGAAUUUAAUGGAAUUAACUUAAAUUAUUUAAGAAAUCAAUUAAUAGAAAUUACAAAAGAACUAAAUAAUCCAUCAUAUAUUUCUAUUCAACAAGAUUCAAAAGCAUUUAUUAAUGAAAUUUUGAUUUUGUAA